AUGGGAGUAAGCGUGGAGGCCGGAAGACUUAUUGUUAUUCUAACAAACACUCUAACUACCAUUGUAGGUUUUAUCCUUAUCGUGUUGGGACUUUAUGAACUCGCGUCCCCUGACGUAAGCUUGUACUCGAACGCGAUUCCUCUUGCUACUAUCAUUUUUGGCAUCGUCAUUCUUUUGAUUUCUAUUACUGGUUGUUGUGGUGGAGUAGCCGAAAGUAAACCCGUCUUAUGGGCUUAUUUCAUUGUACUUUUGAUAUUGAUCGUUUUACAAGUUAUCGUUGCGAUUGUUACUUUGAUCGACACGCAAAACGUCGAAAGAGUUCUUGACACUUGGUGGCAGGCUGCUUACACCGAUAAUCCCAGAAUAAUUCGCGACAUCGAAGAUAAGUAUUCGUGCUGCGGAUUUAGGAAUGUAACAGAUCGUGCCAUCCCAAAGAAAAGCCCAGAUGCCUGCACUAAAAGUACUUGGUUUGGUUAUGACAAGCCUUGUUUAACAGUUUUAACUCAAGCAUAUAGGCAUCAUCAAACUGCGCUCGGUGUUUGGGGGAUCAUUUUGGCUCUUAUCCAGAUUCUCGCUCUGAUUUCGGCAUACGUUCUUAUUGCAAAUUUACCGACUCCUGAACAACGUGAUCGUGAUUAUAGAGCUGAACACGAACGACUUAUUAAGAUUGGUCGUGCGGAUCCUGACCAACAACAAUCUAAACCUUAUUAUACUGAUAGAGGUACUGGUGUAAGUAGUGGUUCGUCAGGUGCAGCACAUGAUCAAUAUGGUGCUAUUAAUCCAUAA